UUUUUCAGUACACUUAAAUUAAAUUAUAAAAUUUUUCACUCUUCACUUUUAAUUUUCAUAUUCUUCUUCUUCUUUUUCUUUUCUUUUUCAUCAUCAACAGCAUAAUUCAAAAUGAAGUACAUUCAAACUGAUCAAAUUUUAGAUAUCCCAGAAGGUGUUACCGUUGAAAUCAAAGCCAGAAGUGUCAAGGUCACUGGUCCAAGAGGUGUUUUAAACAAGGACUUGAAACAUAUUGAUGUUACCUUCACCAAGGUUAACGAAAGGGCUAUCAAGAUUACUGUUCACAAUGGUGACAGAAAGCAUGUUGCUGCUUUAAGAACCGUCAAGUCUUUGAUUGCUAACUUGAUCACCGGUGUUACCAAGGGUUACAAAUACAAGAUGAGAUAUGUUUAUGCGCAUUUCCCAAUCAAUGUUAACAUGAUUGAAAAGGAUGGUCAAAAAUAUGUUGAAAUUAGAAAUUUCUUAGGUGAAAAGAGAGUCAGAGAAGUUAAGAUUUUCGAUGGUGUUACCGUUGAACAAUCUACCAACCAAAAGGAUGAAUUAGUCUUAUCUGGUAACUCUUUAGAAGCUGUUUCUCAAAAUGCUGCUGAUAUCCAACAAAUCUGUCGUGUCAGAAACAAGGAUAUCCGUAAGUUCUUAGAUGGUAUCUAUGUUUCCGAAAGAGGUUUAAUUGUUGAAGAUCUUUAAAUUAAUUAGAUUAUUCACUUUUUGCAUCAUUUUGUUUCAUAUCAUCAACCAACCUACCAUAUCAAAAAGUUUUUUUAUGUAUUGACUUUUUAAUAUUAAUACAUUUUACUCUUUAUAUUUCAUUUAUGUCUUGAGUUUUCAUAAUUUGGGUUUUUUUAUUCUUAAUUGUUUUCUUUACUUCUAUAUAGUUGAAUCUUUUUGUGCUGUGAUUCACAGUCACUUUUGGUUACACCCACUUUGAUUACUUUGGAAUUUUUGGAUUUGUUAUAGAGCUCAUUACAAUGCAGAGCCACCAACGAUCCAUUCGUAGAAUAUUUUACUCUAAUUUGUCAAUAAUUUCAAUAGUAGAUUUUGUAUUUGCUAUAGAAAUUGUUGAACCUUUUUGAACUAUUGCAUUGUUAUUAAGCUAUUUAAAAUUUUAAGUUGUAAUUGAGUUUGAUAUCUU